UCACAAACUUGCGGGUGCACGGAAUUAUUUACAUGUGACACAGCCACAGGGCUAGAGCGAAACACUCAUGCUACUCACUAAUUUCUGCUCCUAACUCCAUGGGCUUCGUGUAUUUUACUUUUUUUUGGUUUGUUUCCCUGCAAACUAAUGUGAAGCCGUUCCUAUAUUCGUCUCAGCUUCUUAAUUUAAGAGUUUAAAAUUCAAUGGGAAAUGAGUUGAGCUCACCCCCCAGAUCCUAGGUUAUUUUAACUCACAGUUGGCUAGUAGUAGUCAUGAACAUGUUCCCUACAAAAGUUACAAUUCUGCACAGGCUGCUACGGUUUAGACACCCAUGUUGGUCCUGUCCUUCACUUGGACGAGCCCCCUGCUCCAGACUGGUCCUGGGCAUUGAGACCAGCUGUGACGACACAGGAGCUGCUGUGAUGGACGAGACCGGUGGACUACUGGGAGAGUCUCUGCAUUCCCAGAAACAAGUCCAUCUGAGGACAGGUGGCAUCAUCCCCACCGUGGCACAGCAGCUCCACAGAGACAACAUAGAGCGCGUGGUCCAGGAGGCUUUGGAGAGGAGCGGCACGGACCCGAGCCGGCUCUCCGCUGUGGCCACCACCGUGAAGCCCGGCUUGGGCCUGAGCUUGGGGGUCGGUCUGGAGUUCAGCCAGAGGUUCGUGAGGCAGCACAACUUGCCCUUCAUCCCCAUCCACCACAUGGAAGCCCACGCCCUGACCGUCAGGAUGCUUCAACCUGUGGCCUUCCCCUUCCUGGUCCUGCUCGUGUCUGGGGGUCACUCGCUUCUCGCCGUGGCCCGAGGAGUCGACGACUUCCUGCUUCUGGGUCACACUUUGGAUGAAGCUCCGGGGGACACACUGGAUAAAGUGGCGAGACGUUUGUCCCUCAUAGAGCACCCACAGUGCUCCACGCUAAGUGGAGGACAAGCUAUAGAGCUUCUAGCGAAGGAUGGCGACAGGACGAGGUUUCCUCUCAGGACACCCAUGGGACAAACGUACGACUGCUGCUUUUCUUUCGCUGGGCUACGGAAUCAAGUUAACAUGUUGAUAGUGAAAGAAGAAGCAGAGGAAGGAAUCGAACCCGGGACGCUGUUAUCGUGCGUGAAGGACAUCGCAGCCGCCACGCAGCACACGGUGGCCUCUCAUCUGGCAAAGCGCACACAUCGAGCCAUCUUGUUCUGCAAGGCCACCGGCCUGCUGCCAUCGGGCGCUCCCACCUUGGUGCUGUCUGGAGGUGUUGCCAGCAAUCAGUACAUCCGCAAGGCUUUAACUCUCAUCACCGACGCGACGGGGCUACGCCUGCUCUGUCCUCCAGCCAAACUCUGCACGGACAAUGGAGUGAUGAUUGCAUGGAACGGUGUUGAACGCCUGAGAGAAGGGAAAGGGAUCCUGCGUCCAUAUGUGGAUGUCAGCUACGAGCCAAAGGCCCGGCUGGGGGUUGACAUGACAGCAGCGGUGAAGGCAGCAGCGAUCAGGUUGCCCUCGGUCCGGAUGAAGAUCCCCGACUGACACCCGGUUGGGUUUGUUCUGCACGGAAAAAAGUGUUUUGUCACUCCUAUAUUUUCCCUGGUCAGAGUAUAUACUGUGUAUAUAAUGUACUGUAUGUAGAAGCACAUUAAACAUCUAUUUAUUAA